AUGCAUCCUGCGCGCGCACUUUUAGAUAGUGCCUCCCAGCCAGAUUUGAUGAGUAGCCGUUUUGCUAACCGGCUAGGUAUCAAAUCGGGCACGGUCGACAUCACGCUGAUUGGUGCUGGUCAAUCGUCCACCCCGGUGCGGAAAUCGAUGCGCACCACGGUAUCAUCCAGAGCGAGCCCUUAUGCGAUUAACGUUGAGUUUUUGAUAGUCGAGAAGCUUAUUGCUGACCUGCCCGCACAUGAUGUGCCCACCAGCGGCUGGAAAUUACCGCCACAUAUUAUAUUCGCCGACCCCCAUUUCGAGAAGUCGGCACCGAUCGCCAUUAUUCUCGGUGCCCGGCACUAUCACACGUUUUUUGUAAGCGGGGCGCAAUAUAAAAUGUCAUCGAAUCUACCAGUCCUGAUGGAUAGCGUAUUUAGCUGGGUCGUGAGUGGCUAUGGCUAUUCUCCUGAGGAUCGCAAAUGUGAGCAAUUUUACAAAGAUACAACACAGCGAGAUGAAGCUGGUCGUUAUAUGGUAUGCUUACCUAAACAAGCAGACUUCGAUGAUAAGCUUGGCCUUUCGAAGGCAGCAGCAUUAAGGCGGUUUAGUUUGCUAGAAAGGAGGUUAGAACGAGAUCAAAACGUAAAAGCGGUGUACCAUGAUUUCAUGCGUGAGUAUCUGGAGCUUGGGCACAUGUCACGCAUAAAAAAUCCCUCCGACGACGAAUGCGCGUGUUAUCUGCCUCACCAUCCCGUGUUCAAAGCCGCUAGCUCCACAACAAAGGUCCGCGUGGUAUUUGAUGGUUCAGCUAAGACGUCCACCGGCUUUUCGCUAAACGAGGCGUUAUGCGUCGGCCCUGUCGUGCAGGACGAUCUGCUCGACAUAAUUUUGCGCUUCCGCACAUAUAAGGUAGCCGUUAUUGGAGAUAUUGCGAAAAUGUAUCGACAAGUAUUGCUCCAUCCUAAUGACCGGAAAUUUGUACGCAUUUGCUUUCGAUUUUCGCCUCACUCGCCAAUCGAAUAUUUUGAGCUGAAUACGGUUACUUAUGGCUUAGCCCCCUCAUCAUUCUUGGCAACCAGAACAUUGCUGCAGCUUGCAAACGAUGAGGGCGCCUCUUGUCCCGAUGCUGCAGCUGUUUUGAAAAAUAACUUCUACAUUGACGAUUUCAUCGGUGGUGCUGAUUCCAUCGGAAAUGCUCGCCAGUUGCGAAUCGAGCUUUCUCAAUUGCUCGCCAAAGGCGGCUUCUAG